AUGAGUCCGACGGUUGUUCGCAGCCACUCCUCCUCCUCCCGCGCGCAGGCGCAUCCUCCCCCCCAAUCGUCGGAUCUUCCCCACAGGGCUCGCAGCACCACCAACAGGCCCCCAUCAUCAUCAUCAUCACACUCACACUCCCGCCAUCAUUCAUCCUCCCGACCGCAGUCGUAUGAUCGUCGACCACCCCCCAGCUACGUCCCCUCGACCAUCGCUCGCCGUGAUUUUGAGAAUCCCAAUCUCGCCCGUCCGCCAUCGUCCCGCCGGGAGAGCUCCCGAGACCGCUCUCAGGAGCGCCCACCGCCCGCUUACCGACCUGACUCGGUGCGAGCGCCUCAGCAUCACCACCGCACCUCGUCGCGAUCCAGGCGGGACAGCGUCAAGAUGGUUGGUACCACAGUCGAUGCCAAAGCGGCUGUCGCCGAGCAGUCAGCACAGGCGUACGCUGCAAACUCACUACAGCCGAAGCGUCGUACCAUGAUCCCUACUCCAACAGGUCAAUGGGCGCUCGGCAAGACUAUCGGUGCUGGGAGUAUGGGCAAGGUGAAAAUUGCUAGAAAUAUGGAAACGGGCGAGCAAGUGGCCGUUAAGGUCGUGCCGAGGCAGUCCACCGCCGAAGAACAUCGCAAUGGGAAAGACGCAGAACGCGCCGAUCGCUCAAAGGAAAUUCGAACCGCCAGAGAAGCCGCGAUUGUUUCGCUCGUCGACCAUCCCUAUGUAUGCGGGAUGCGAGAUGUCGUUCGCACGCCAUAUCACUGGUACAUGUUGUUCGAGUAUGUCAACGGUGGUCAAAUGCUCGACUAUAUUAUUUCCCAUGGCAAAUUGAAAGAGAAACAAGCCAGGAAGUUUGCACGCCAGAUUGCCAGCGCCUUGGAUUACUGCCAUCGCAACAGCAUUGUCCACCGUGACCUGAAAAUCGAGAACAUCUUGAUCAGCAAAACAGGCGACAUCAAGAUAAUUGAUUUCGGAUUAAGCAAUCUCUUUUCUCCAAGGAGUCACUUGCGCACGUUCUGCGGUAGUCUGUAUUUCGCUGCUCCUGAGUUGUUGCAAGCACGACCGUACUCGGGCCCUGAGGUCGAUGUGUGGAGCUUUGGAAUCGUUCUGUAUGUUCUUGUAUGCGGAAAGGUUCCGUUCGACGAUCAGAGUAUGCCAAACCUUCAUGCCAAAAUUAAGAAGGGUGUAGUUGAAUACCCCCAAGGUCUAACAGCAGAAUGCCGUCAUAUCAUUUCCCGAAUGCUAGUCACAGACCCGAAACAACGAGCGAGUCUAGCUGAAAUUAUGAACCAUCCAUGGAUGACCAAAGGAUUCAACGGUGCCCCGGAGAACUACCUACCUACGCGCGAACCUUUGCAACUACCUUUAGACCCAGAGGUGGUGGAGAAGAUGACAGGAUUCGAUUUUGGCCCCCCAGAAUACAUUACAGCGCAACUUACAAAGACUCUAGAGUCAGAUGAUUACCAAAACGCUCUCAAAACGUUUACCCGCGAACAAACAAUUCCCACCCCUGGUGGUGACAAGAAAAGAGGCGUCUUCGAUUUUUACCGGAGACGUAACUCUGCGAGCAGGGAUACACUUUCAAAUCCAUCUGUUGAGGCAGUCCAGCUCGGAAGCGAUCCGCUUAAUGCCUAUAGCCCCUUGAUUUCAGUCUACUUUCUUGUCAGAGAAAAACUUGACCGGGAGAGAACCGCGAAAUCUACUGGUGCCCUGUCAAUUCCAUCUGACGUGAUGUUGAAAAUGCCCGAUCUACCAGCUCCCGAAGCUGCGCAUACGAAUCAAUACGAUGUCCCAGGGGAAAAGGACACCAGUACCAGAAGUCGUCCGCGUGCACGAACGCAUGGCGACGGUGAAAUCGUCGAUGGCAUUAAGAAGAUGCAGUUGGGUUCAUCCGCCGGUCCUACCGCUCCUGCAAUAGUGACGCCGCAACCAGAUACGCCCAUCAAAAAGGAAAGCACUGCUGCGGGUAUACUAAGACGCUUUAGCACUCGAAGGGUAAAGGACCGGGGGCGUGAUAGCGAGCGAGAGAGGAUUGCUUCCCCCAAUAUGCCAAGUCUGAACGUGCAACCCCCUGCUGAGCUGGCCUCGCCGCCGCAUCGCGGUUUCAGUUUGAGGCGGCCACGACGAGCAGAACCGUCGCCAACCGCAAUUCAUAGCUCGGACAGCCAACCACGGCAUCAGGAUCUUCUAAAGGCCCCGGGAUCUGCCAACCAAUCGUCGCAAUCUAACAAGUUCCUGGAGAGAUCUACUAGUGUCAAUUCUGCAGAUUAUCGCUCUCGUCGAUUAGCUCGAAAGCAAAUUCCCGACAGCGAUGGGGUAACUAACGAACCUCCUCUCACAAGCGGCUCUGACCAUUUCGCCGCUGACCCGGAGAAAGCCAAGCUAGGCGAUUCAGCAGUAGCGUAUGAGUCUAAACCGACGAAUCGAUCGUCAACUACGCGUACCAAAUCUCUUGGCCAUGCACGCCGUGAAAGCAUACAAGCGCGCAGGGCUCGUCGCGAAGAGAUUCGAGAGGCGACUGUCCCUGAGGAUGCAGAUGACGGUGAUUUGUCGGGCAAUGGGACUGCGUUGGAAAAUGCAAAUACAGGCGAGGAUUUCGCCAAACCAGUCUAUCUCAAAGGCUUGUUUAGCGUUUCUACUACUAGCAGCAAGCCCAUUGCAUUUAUCCGUGCCGACAUUAUUCGCGUUCUCAAACAACUCAACGUCGAGUACACAGAAAUCAAAGGCGGAUUCAGUUGCCGCCAUGUACCCAGUAUUGAUCUCGACCGUGUUGUUGAUGCUAGACAGCCAAGUCCAGAAAGACAAGGUCAGGUGUUGUCUAAUCAGAGGCGGAGAAUAAGUUUUGGGGGAUUACGCGGGGCCGAAGAAGUGAGAGAAGAGCCAAAGGCAUCCCAUUCGACACGUUUUGCUCGCCGAAAUCAGGGUCCACCAGACCGAAGCUUCAUUUCCAACUCCGAAGACUCGGACGAAUAUGUCCCACAUCGAGAUAACGUAGGCGAGCGCGUAGUUGGUGAAACUACCACACGCGUACAGAGUGAUACCGGAGAGAACCUGAUUCUGCGGUUCGAGAUUGUGAUUGUUAAAUUUCCAUUGCUUUCUUUGCAUGGCCUCCAAUUCAAGAAAGUGUCCGGUGGCAUGUGGCAGUAUCGAGAGAUGGCCAAGAGAAUUUUAGAUGCUUUAAGACUUUGA